UGUGACCUCCGCAAGAGGAGAACUGAGUUUUCGUCUGUGCUUAGAAUAUUGAUUCUCCUCCCGUAAAACUUGUAUCCAUCAUUACCAGAAGGGGCAUAUGCAAAGAGGCUUUACUGUUUUGUAUUCUGAAAUCAAACGAGCGACAGCCCAACUUCAUUUCCACAGCCUCAUUCAUGUUCUGCUGAACCAGAGAGAGAAAGAGAGUCAAAAUGAAGAUAAGGCUGUCUCUGGCAGCGGCUGCCUUCCUUGCAGUGCUACUAUCCUCCGCCGUGGCCCAAGUUGAACCACCUUCAGACUUGAGAUUUAAGAUUUUAAAUGAGAACACAGUACAAAUGACAUGGAAAGCGCCGUUAACACGGAUAGAAGGAUUCAGGAUACAGGUGGCCUCAGACACAGACAAACCAACAAAAGAUUUAACCCUCCCUGCCACAGCCACUAAGACAUCCAUUACAGACCUUACUCCAGACAUGGACUAUGUAGUAACAAUCAUCUCAUACUCUGGCUCAGAGGAAAGUUUGCCCACCUCAGGACAGCUCACAAUCCAAUCAAGUGGCACAGCACAAGGAGGUCCCAGGAAACCACAGGUCACAGACUCCGUCAAGUGUUCUUAUAGUGCCAUCGCAGAUCUGGUGUUCCUGGUUGAUGGUUCAUGGAACGUUGGAAGAGACCACUUUAAAUACAUCCGUAGCUUCAUCUCUGCCAUGGCGGGAGCCUUUGAGAUUGGGGAGGACAAGACCAGGGUAGGUGUGGUCCAGUACCAUACUGAUACCAGGACAGAGUUUAACCUCAACCAGCACAUGAAACGGGGCGAACUUCUCAGAGCCAUCAACACACUGCCUUUCAUGGGUGGCAACACCAUGACAGGCGAGGCCAUGGACUAUCUGCUGAAAAACACUUUCACUGAGGCAAAUGGUGCCAGAAAAGGCUUUCCCAAGGUGGCCAUGAUUAUCACAGAUGGGAAGUCUCAAGACCCUGUGGAGGCGAUCGCCAAGAAACUCAAGAACAUGGGGGUGGAGAUCUUCACGUUGGGGAUCAAAGGAGCAGAUGAUGAGGAGCUGAAACAAAUGGCUUCGACCCCCUACAGGACGCACGUCUAUAACGUCUUCAACUUUGACCUUAUCAAGGAUGUGCAGAAAGAGCUCAUUACCAAUGUGUGCUCGGGGGUGGACGAUCAACUCAACUCACUCAUCAGCGGAGAGGAAGUUAUUGAACCAGCAUCAAACCUCCAAGUUGUGGAGGUGGCCUCCAAGUCUAUGAGGGUGACAUGGGAUGCUUCCAUUGGAGAUGUGUCGGGUUACAAGAUCCAGCUGAUCCCCAUGAUGGCCGGCAGCAAGCGCCAGGAGCUGUACGUAAGCCCCGGCCAGACCUCAGCAACAGUUACGGGCCUGUCUCCAGACACAGAGUACCAGAUCAGCCUGUUCGCCCUCAAGGGCCUCACGCCCAGCGAGCCCAUCAUGGCCAUGGAGAAGACUGAGCCAGUCAAGUUGUCCCUUGAAUGUUCUCUUGGAGUGGACGUGCAAGCCGACGUUGUCAUUCUGGUCGACGGCUCAUACAGUAUCGGACUGUCCAACUUCGCUAAAGUCAGAUCUUUCCUGGAGGUGCUGGUGAACUCCUUUGACAUCGGACCAGACAAGAUUCAGAUCAGCUUGGUUCAGUACAGCAGGGACGCUCACACUGAGUUCUACCUGAACACCCACCGCGAUCUGAGCGCUGUGGUCAAAGCCGUCCGGACUUUCCCCUACCGUGGCGGCUCCACCAACACCGGCCGGGCCAUGACUUACGUUAGGGAGAAGAUAUUCUUGGCCAACCGAGGAUCACGGCCGAACGUGCCCCGCGUCACCAUCCUCAUCACGGAUGGGAAGUCAUCCGACUCCUUCAAGGACCCUGCCACCAAGCUAAAGAAAGCGGACGUGGAGAUCUUUGCCGUGGGUGUGAAGGAUGCCGUGAGAUCUGAGCUGGAAGCCAUUGCUAACGAGCCCGUGGAGACCCAUGUCUACACCGUGGAAGACUUUGAUGCUUUCCAGAGGAUCUCCAAGGAGCUCACCCAGUCCAUCUGCCUGAGGAUCGAGCAGGAGCUCCUCAACAUCAAGAAGAGAAGCUUACUGCCACCGAGGUCGUUAACGUUCUCUGAGGUGGCCACCAGGAGCUUCAGAGCUACCUGGGAGACCGAUGCCUUCAACGUCCUGUCCUACCUGAUCCAGUUCAGACCGGCUGCUGACACCAACGGGGACUUUGUGUCCAUGUCCGUGCCCGGGGACACGUUCACCGCUCUGCUGCCUCACCUCACGCCCGUCACCCUCUACGAGGUCAACGUCUUCGCCCAGUACGCCCAAGGAGACAGCUUCCCUCUGAAUGGAUUCGAGACCACACUAGAUGAACAAGGAACAGUGAGUAACCUGAGGGUGUCCGAGGAAACAACAGACAGUUUCCUGGUGUCGUGGGCGCCGGCACCAGGAGCGGUGGUACGGUACCGUCUGACCUAUGUACCAGUAAGGGGCGACAGCGCAAGACUAGAGACGGUCACUGUCGGCCAAGAGACCACCAUCGUGCUGCCGGAGCUAAACCCCUUAACGACGUACCGUGUGACGGUGGCUGCAGAGUACCAGUUAGGCACUGGCGGAGAGAUGCAGAUCGAUGGCACCACCAAAGAAGGGCAGGGAUCUCCACGGGACCUGCGGGUCUUCGACGAGACUAUGUCCACCAUGAAGCUGUCGUGGGCGGCGGCACCGGGCCGCGUCCUCCAGUACCGUAUCAAUUUCCAUCCGUCGGCGGGUGGCGAGAGGAAGGAGGUGUGGGUGAAGGGAGAGAACACCAACGUCCUCCUGAAGAGCCUGCAGCCUGGCACUGAGUACGACCUGGCCGUCAGCGCACGCUACUCCUCUGGCCUAGGAGACCCUCUGAAGGGGAAAGGAACCACACUGGAAGAACUGGGCUCCCCCAAGGACCUUGUCACCAGCGACGUGACGGACACCAGCUUCGCUGCGUCUUGGACGGCUGCCCUUGGGAACGUGAAUAUGUACAGGAUCCGCUGGAAGUCCAUGUACAGUGACGAGUCAGGGGAGAAGAUGGUCCCUGGAGACGUCACCAACACCGUGCUGGAGGGCCUUACUCCUGAGACCCUCUACCAGGUGUCUGUCCUGGCCUCCUAUGGCAGAGGAGACGGAAGCCCGCUGACUGGACAGGAGACCACUGAUGUGUCUGCUGCUGCUGGGGCGCUUACUGUGUCCGACGAGACUGAGCGAAGCAUGAAGGUAACGUGGAUGGCCGCGCCGGGUAAAGUCAUCAACUACCGAGUGACAUACACGCCCACCGCUGGGGGCAAAGAGAUGGUUGCUAGGGUUCCCGGCACCUCAACCUCCACCGUGCUGAAGCGCCUGACGCCCAUGACCACCUAUGGCAUCAAGGUGCACCCCAUUUACAAGCGGGGAGAAGGAAAAGCAAGGCAAGGAGUAGGAACGACACUGUCACCUUACAAAGCUCCCAGAAACCUACAGACGUCAGAGCCCGGCAAGAACAGUUUCAGAGUCUCCUGGGACCCAGCUCCAGGAGAUGUUCGUGGCUACAAGGUCACCUUCCACCCCAGUGGCGAUGAUAUCGACCUGGGAGAGCUGUUGGUUGGGCCCCAUGACAACACUGUGGUGCUCGAGGAGCUCAGGGCCGGAACAAAGUACUCUGUGACUGUGUUUGGAAUGUUUGAUGGAGGCCACUCUGCAGCACUGGCUGGAGAGGAGAAGACUACCCUCUCCGACGCCCCCGAAGUGCCAUUGGAAUCUUGGAACGAGGCCAAGUGUAAGAGCCAGGCCAAGGCUGACAUCAUCCUGCUGGUCGAUGGCUCAUGGAGUAUUGGCCGUCUCAACUUCAAAACCAUCCGAGCCUUCAUCGCUCGCAUUGUUGGUGUAUUUGACAUCAGCCCUGAGAGAGUCAUGAUCGGUAUGGUUCAGUACAGUGGAGACCCCAAGACUGAGUGGCAUCUGAAUGCCCACCCAACCCGUGACGGGCUGCUCAAAGCUGUGGCUGACCUGCCCUACAAAGGGGGAAACACCAUGACAGGUAUGGCCUUGAACUACAUCCUCCAGAACAACUUCAAGCCCAACGUGGGACUGCGUAAAGACUCACGCAAGAUCGGUGUGCUCAUCACUGACGGCAAGUCGCAGGAUGAGAUCAUCACCAACUCCCAGGUGCUGAGGGACGAAAACAUCGAGCUCUACGCCAUCGGUGUGAAGAACGCUGAUGAGAAUGAGUUGAGGUCCAUUGCCUCAGACCCAGAUGAGAUUCACAUGUACAACGUGAAUGACUUCUCCUUUCUGCUGGAUAUAGUUGAUGAGCUCACCAUCAACCUCUGUAACAGUGUGAAGGGUCCAGGAGGAGGCCUGGAGCCGCCUACUAACCUAGUGACUUCCGAGGUGACCCACCACUCGUUCCGUGCCACCUGGACAGGGCCCGAAGGUCCAGUGGAAAAGUAUCGCAUCGACUACAUGCCCGUGGCGGGAGGAGUCACUGAACAGAUGUUUGUCGAUGGGACGGUCACCACUGUGGUCCUGACCAAGCUGACACCUCUGACCGAGUACAUGGUCAACGUUUUCUCCGUGACUGGAGAGGAGACCAGCGCAGAGCCGCUGAAGGGCACUGAAACCACCUUACCCUUGCCACUAUCGGGUAAGCUGCGGAUCACUGCUGUCACCCAUAGCACCAUGAAGCUCAGAUGGGACGCCUCCCCGGGGAAAGUCCUCAAGUACAUCAUCAGCUACAAGCCAGAUGACGGAGAGCUCAAAGAGGUUGAAGUCAAUGGCGAUAUAACAUCCCUGCCUCUUGCCAACCUCAUCUCUCAAUCUGAGUAUGAUGUUGCUGUCACCCCAGUUUACGAUGCAGGUGUUGGAAACCCAAUGCUUGGACAAGCCAUUACAGAUGUUGUUCCUGCCCCGCAGAACCUGAAGUUGUCCGAGGUGACCCAGACCUCGUUCAGGGCCACAUGGGAACACGGGGCCCCUGACGUGGCCCUCUACCGAAUCGGCUGGACCAAGAAGGGAGAGAACAACUUCCAAUAUGCUAUCCUGAACAGUGAUGAAACAUCCCAUAAUCUGGAGAACUUGGACCCGGACACCCUGUAUGAUGUCACCGUCACGGCCAUCUACCCAGACGAGUCAGAGAGUGAGGACCUGAUUGGCAGCCAGCGCACAUUGUUAAAGAUGACUACAGCUGCUCCCACUGGACCUCCGCAGAACUUGCAGGUGUUCAACGCGACCACGGUCACUCUGACAGUGAAGUGGGACCACGCCCCAGGCCCCGUCCAGAACUACAAGAUCUCUUUCCAACCUGUGGCUGGAGGCAAAGCUCUCUCGACCCAGGUGGGAGGAAAGAAGAACAGUGUAAUCCUCCAGAAGCUGACGCCUGACACUCCCUACUCUGUCACCGUGGCAGCUAUCUACCCCAGUGGAGAGGCCAAAGACAUCUCAGGCCAAGGAAAGACCCAGUCUCUUGGUGGAGUGAAGAACCUGCAGGUGACCAACCCCACCAUGACCACCCUGAACGUGAAAUGGCAGGCGGCCGACGGAAAAGUGAAAGAAUACAAAGUCAUCUAUGUACCUGCUGCCGGUGGAGCUGAGAGCAUGGAGACUGUAGCUGCCACUAGCACCACCACUGUUCUGAAAGGCCUCCUUCCAGACACCCUCUACACUGUCUCACUGGUGCCGGUCUACGAAGUGGGAGAUGGACAGAAACAGUCUGAAAACGGAAAGACAAAGUCUCUUGGUGGAGUGAAGAACCUGCAGGUGACCAACCCCACCAUGGUCACGUUGAAUGUGAAAUGGCAGGCGGCCGACGGAAAAGUGAAAGAAUACAAAGUCAUCUAUGUACCUGCUGCCGGUGGAGCUGAGAGCAUGGAGACUGUAGCUGCCACUAGCACCACCACUGUUCUGAAAGGCCUCCUUCCAGACACCCUCUACACUGUCUCACUGGUGCCGGUCUACGAAGUGGGAGAUGGACAGAAACAGUCUGAAAACGGAAAGACAAAGUCUCUUGGUGGAGUGAAGAACCUGCAGGUGACCAACCCCACCAUGGUCACGUUGAAUGUGAAAUGGGAGGCGGCCGAGGGGAAAGUCAAAGAGUACAAAGUCAUCUAUGUAUCUGCUGCCGGUGGAGCUGAGAGCAUGGAGACUGUGGCUGGGACCAACACAGUCUUGAAGGGCCUCAUACCCGACACCAUCUACACCGUUUCAGUGGUGCCUGUCUACGACAUGGGAGACGGCAAGAAAAUGUCUGAGAACGGAAAGACAAGGCCUCUUGGUGGAGUGAAGAACCUGCAGGUGAUCAACCCCACCAUGACCACCCUGAACGUGCGCUGGGAGCCAGUCGAAGGGAAAGUCAAAGAGUACAAAGUCUUCUAUGUACCUGCUGCCGGUGGAGCUGCUGAGGCAAUGGAAACUGUGGCUGCCACUGCCACCAGCACUGUCUUGAGAGGCCUCCUGCCAGACACCCUUUACACUGUCUCACUGGUGCCUGUCUUCGCAGAGACAGAGGGCAGGAGGCAGUCUGAGAAUGGAAAGACAAGACCGUUGGGUGGAGUGAAGAACCUGAAGGUGACUGAACCCACCAUGACCUCUCUGAAGGUGGACUGGGACCCAGCGGACGGAGCCGUGCGACAGUACAAGAUCUUCUUUGUUCCUGUGGCUGGAGGAACACCAGAGGAAAUGGAGCAAGUACCUGGAAGCACCACCACCAUCGUUCUGAGGAACCUCAAGCCUGACACACCUUACACAAUAUCAGUGCUACCUAUCUACCCCGUCAGAGAGGGGAAACGUCAGGCUGAGAAUGGAAAGACGUUGCCUUUGGGUGGAGUGACCAAUCUGCAGGUCACCAACCCUACCCACACCACCCUCACCGCCAGCUGGGACGCAGCCGACGGCAACGUGCAGGGCUAUAAAGUCAUCUACACUCCCGUCGCAGGAGGCCUUGAGAUCAUUGAGCAAGUCUCAGAGAGCACAACCACCACAAUUCUGAAGAGCCUCUCACCUAACACACAGUACACAGUGACUGUUCUGCCAGUGUACCCCGAGGGGGAUGGGCAGACCCAGGCCAAGGAUGGGACAACAAAGCCCCUGGGCUUCGUGAAGAACCUGCAGGUCAUUGAACCCACCACCAGCACCCUGAAAGUGCGCUGGGAUGCAGCUGAGGGGAAAGUGCGCGAGUACAUCAUUGUCUACAUCCCAACUGCAGGCGGAGAGCAGGAAGUGGACCAGGUGUCUGGAACAACGACCACCACUGUUCUGAAGGAACUCAAUCCAGAUACGGAAUACACUGUGACAGUGGUGCCUGUCUACCAUGAGAUGGAGGGUCUCUCUAGGUCUCAGAAUGGAAAGACAAAUCCUUUGGGUGGAGUGAAGAACAUGAAGGUCAUUGACCCCACCAUCAACAGUCUGUCUGUUCGCUGGGACCCAGCUGUCGGUAACGUGCGCAACUACAAGGUCUUCUACGUGGCCCAGCCAGAUGGGAUGGAGCAAAUGGAACAAGUCUCAGGGGGCACCACCAACCUUAUCCUGCGUAACCUGGAGUCUGAUACCCAAUACAACGUGUCUGUUGUCCCAGUCUACCCAGACGUGGAGGGCAUACUGCAGUCUGAGAUGGGAAAGACAAAGCCUCUGGGUGGAGUGAAGAACCUGCAGGUGACUGACCCCACAACAAACUCCCUGAGGGUACGCUGGGAGCCAGCGGAGGGGGACGUGCGCCAGUACACUGUCAUCUACGCCCCGCUAGCAGGAGGACCUGAACUUAAGACUAUGGUUUCUGGGAUGUCAACCAACACCGUUCUGAGGAACCUUGUGCCAGACACAGAGUACAAGGUGACAUUGGUGCCUAUGUACGGCGAUAUUGAAGGGAAGAGAAAUUCUGAAAAUGGAAAGACAAAGGCGUUGGGUGGGGUGAAGAACCUGCAGGUCACCGACCCCUCUACUAGCUCCCUCAAGGUGCGCUGGGAGCCAGCGGAGGGCAACGUGCGUCAGUACCGCCUCUUCUACGUUCCUGCCUCUGGCGGAGCCGAGGACAUGGAGCAAGUGUCUGGUGGCACCACCAACACCAUCCUAAGGAACCUUCUCUCAGACACGCUGUACACUGUCACCGUGGUCCCCGUCUACCCCGAGGGAGAGGGACUGCGCCAGUCAGAGACUGGAAAGACGCUUCCACGAACCCCUCCUAAGAACAUCCAGAUCUACAACCCCACUACCAACAGCCUGAACGUGCGCUGGGAGCCCGCCUCUGGCCAGGUGCAGCAGUACCGCAUCGUCUACGCACCUCUGUCUGGAGACAGACCCGCCGAGACAGUCCUGGUCCCGGGAAACAUCAACAACGCGUUCCUGGACUCGCUCAUUCCCGACACGCCGUACUCGAUCAGUGUCCUGGCUCUGUAUGCCGAUGGGGAGGGUUCACCAGUGAAGGGAGACGGCAAAACAUUGCCCCGUGUUGGACCUAGGAACCUGCGGGUGUUUGAUGCCACCACCAACACUCUGACCAUCGUUUGGGACCACGCGGAGGGCCCAGUGCAGCAAUACAAGAUCGCCUACGCCCCCACCACUGGAGACCCCAUCACUGAGUUUACGGUUGUUCCUGGCAACAGAAACAAUGCCAUCCUGCAGAACCUGCUUCCUGACACUCCCUACAGCAUAACUGUUGAAGCCAUCUAUGCUGAUGGAGCAGGGCCAUCUCUGAUCGGGCCCGGACGCACAGUCGGCCUGCUGGAGCCCUUGAGCCUGCGCGUCUCAGAUGAGUGGUACACCCGCUUCCGUGUGGCCUGGGACCCCUCGCCGUCUCCAGUGCUCGGAUACAAGCUGGUCUACACACCUGCGGAAGAAGAUCAGAGUAAGAGCUUGGACGUAUUUGUGGGUGACGUGACCUCAUACACCCUCCAGAACCUGCUCCCUGGCACCACCUACGAUGUCAAAGUGUUUGCCCAGUAUGGGGCUGGCAUGAGCGGGGCCCUCGAAGGACAGGGAACAACACUCUACCUGAACGUCACCAACAUCGAGACCUACAACGUUGGCUUCGACAAGUUCUGCAUCAAGUGGAGUCCUCACAGGGCUGCCACUUCCUACAGGAUCAAGCUCAACCCUCUGGACCCCUCCAGUAAAGGUCAGCAGGAGAUCACCAUCACUGCAGCUCAGAGCCAGUACUGCUUCGAGGGUCUCUCCCCGGACGCUCUCUACAGCGCCACCGUGUUCGUUCAGACCCCCAACUUGGAGGGCCCCGGAGUCAGCACCAAGGAGAGAACCCUGGUCAAGCCUACUGAAGCGCCAACACAACCCCCCACUCCUCCACCACCUCCUACCAUCCCCCCUGCAUGGGCAGUGUGCAAAGGUGCCAAGGCAGAUGUGGUGUUUCUUAUCGACGGCUCGUGGAGUAUCGGGGAAGAGAACUUCCGGAAAGUGGUGCAGUUCGUCUUCAGCAUGAUUGGAGCCUUCGACGUCAUUGGAUCGACAGGAAUGCAGGUGUCGUUCGUUCAGUACAGCGACGAAGCAAAGACAGAGUUCAGGCUGAACUCUUACUCGGACAAGGGCAGCGGUCUCGCUGCUCUACAGCUCAUUCAGUACAGAGGAGGAAACACUAAGACCGGUGUUGCUCUGAAGCAUGUCAAGGAGAAGGUAUUUACGUCUGAAAAUGGAAUGAGGAGGAAUGUCCCCAAGGUUGUGGUAGCUGUCACAGACGGUCGUUCUCAGGAUGAGGUGAAGAAAAGCGCUGCUGCACUGCAGCAUGCUGGUUACAGUGUGUUUGUGGUUGGUGUUGCCGAUGUGGAUUAUGCUGAGCUGCAGAACAUUGGGAGCAAGCCAAGCGACAGGCACAUCUUCGUUGUGGACGACUUCGAUGCCUUUGCAACUAUCCAAGACAACCUUGUGACCUUCAUUUGCGAAACCGCAACAUCAUCUUGUCCCCUGAUCUACCUAAAUGGAUUCACAUCACCUGGCUUCAGGAUGCUGGAGGCAUUCAACCUGACAGAGAAGACCUAUGGCUAUAUCAAGGGAGUGUCUAUGGAACCUGGUUCCUUCAACAGCCACACAGCCUAUAGACUCCAUAAGAACUCCUUCCUGACCCAGCCCACCACAGAGAUCCACCCUGACGGACUACCUCACUCCUAUACCAUCAUCAUGAUGUUCCGUCUUCUCCCGGACACACCCACUGAGGCCUUCGACAUCUGGCAGGUGUCCACCAAGGACGACAAGCCUGAAGUCGGGGUCACCAUCGAUCCUUCUAGCCAAACUAUAUCGUAUUAUAACAAGGAUACGAGGGGGGAGAUCCAGAGGGUCACAUUCGACAAUGAUCAAGUGAAGAGAAUCUUCCAUGGAAGCUUCCACAAGCUCCACCUCCUUGUUUCCCCCACCAAAGUCAAGCUGAACCUCGACUGCCAAGAGGUGGCGGACAAGGAGAUUAAGGAAGCUGGAAACACGUCCAUGGACGGCUAUCAAGUCCUAGGCAAAAUGUCCAAGUCCACUGGCUCCAAGGGGAAAAGUGCAACUUUCCAGCUCCAGAUGUUUGAUAUUGUGUGCACCCUGGGCUGGACGAGCAGAGACAGAUGCUGUGACCUUCCAUCUAUGAGAGAGGAGUCCAAGUGCCCGUCCCUCCCCAAAGCCUGCACAUGCACCUCAGAGAGCACAGGACCCCAGGGACCACAAGGGGCAGUGGGCGCACCUGGGAGCAAAGGUCCCCGGGGUGAAAGAGGGGAAACUGGCCCGGCUGGUCCAAUUGGACCACGUGGAGAUACAGGCUUGCCAGGACCUAUGGGUCUGCCCGGCCCUCAAGGACGCAGUGGGCUGUCUAUUCCAGGAGAAGCUGGCCGACAAGGACCAAAAGGAGAAGCUGGUGAUUCUGGGCUACCUGGACAGAAAGGUCCACCUGGGGUAGCUGGGACCAUCGGCCCAAUUGGACCUGCUGGACCUAGGGGACCCCAAGGAAAGGAGGGACAGGCCGGAUCCAGAGGCCCAACAGGACCAUUGGGGCCUCCCGGAUCUCCUGGAAUGCCUGGUGCUUCAGGAAAACCAGGAAAGUCUGGUGACAGAGGUGUUUCGGGAGCCAAUGGUAUGAAAGGGGACAGAGGAGAGAGAGGUGACUUUGCUCCUCAGAACAUGAUGCGAUCCAUUGCCAGACAAGUGUGCGAGCAGAUAGUUAACGGACAAAUGAGUCGAGUCAAUUCGAUGCUGAACCAGAUUCCCAGCGGUUACCGUAGCAGCAACAACCCAGGUCCCCCCGGAUCCCCAGGGCCCAGCGGUAACCAGGGUCCCCGUGGAGAGCCCGGACAGACCGGCAGGAACGGAUUCCCAGGAAGUCCUGGACAACCUGGCCCGCAAGGAGAGAGAGGCCCGGCAGGAGAGAAAGGUGAUCAAGGAACACCAGGAGUCGGACAGAGAGGACAAAGAGGACCACCUGGCCCAGCAGGCGAGACACGGACCGGCCCUCCAGGCCCCGCAGGCUCCACCGGGCCCCGCGGUCCUCCUGGGCGCCAAGGGUUCGCAGGUAUUAGGGGCCAACCUGGCACUCCUGGCUACUGUGACUCUUCCCAGUGUGUCGGCAUUCCUUACAAUGGACAAGGAUACCAAGAGCCAUAUUCACCUGAGCCUGAAACCUACGUAGUCCCAACACCUGAAGAAGAAGAUGACACACAAAACGAGCGUUGAGAGAGGUCACUAUCAAGAAAGGAAUCCAAAAGGAUAGCGUCAUAAAAUAGGUUAUUUUUUGUUCUUCUUGUGUUUGUUUUUGUUUUGUUCACAUAUGGUGUCAUUAAGUGCUAUGCACAUUUCACUAAAAAGAGGUUUGAUACCUCAUCUAUAUUUGGAAGUACCUUAAUAAAUCAUAUGUGAAUUCAUCUUUUGUUGGGGGGAGGGGGAAACAAAAACAAAAUCCUAUACAUUUUUCCAUGACAAUCUGUGAGCUUGCUGUUUUUUCCUAUUGUGUCUUUCGCUUGUAACAUAUCUGCAUUAAGUGUUUAUCGAAUUGCAGUGUUGGACAAUGCAAAUGUUUGUUCACACAGUGUUGGGCAUCCAAUGAAAAACACUUCUCUUUUCAAUCACGGUUCAUUCCAAAUGUCUGAUUAUCAAAUGAUGUUUUAUUCCUAUUUUAUACUUUUGCUCUCUUUUUCACUUGAAAGAUGGUCAUCUGUUCACCAUCUACCUACAGUUUUCAUCUUCAGUACUGCAGUUUAACAUGGCUUCCAUUUUGUAUCUUUAGACUAAAUAUUUAUCACUUUUCUUAUAUCAACUCACAGCUGAUUUUACCAAAGGUUGCAUGUCUGUGGUGUAUAUUUAGUAUGUUUUUUAAUCAGAAUAUAGUUGUUAUCAUUGUUGUUUUAUCAAUAUCGAAUGCAGUUGGAAUUUGUGUGCAAGACUAUGAAUAUGGUAUUGCUGCUUCAUGUUUUAACUUCAAAUUGUGAAUUCCACAGCCUUAUUUUCUUAUUUAUUUCUGAAACAGAAGAGGCAUUUUUCAAUAAAACUACUGAAAAUGUG